CUUGCGAACAGUUGUAAAUUAUAUAUUUUUUUAUCGAAGUGUAAAAAUAAGUAUUGAGUUCUGAAUAUGGUGCUUAUCGGAUUGUUUUUGUUUAUUUUAUGCGGUGGUGUUUUUACAAACGCAUCUACUAAAUGCCUGAAUAAACCAGCAACUGUAAUCGAUAUAUUAAUAAGGAACAUUCUCGAUGAAGUAUGGGAAGAACACGAGAGGCUAUGUUUGAAGGAAACUCUAAAUAUAUUGAGGAGCGCGCAAAACUCGACUUUAUGGGCAUCUUGGGUAAUGGACUCCAUGCAAACACCAUCAGGAUUAUUUUAUGGCAACAGAUACAAUUUGGGAAAUUACGACGAAUGCAUUAAGCCGUAUUGGUUAAAGACGCAUCCAGAUUUGCUCACUCAGUAUUGUACAGCGGAAGUCUAUUUAAGUGAGAAGAAAUUUACAGGAGUUGUAAAGGAUCCUUAUUCGACAGUGGAACAAUAUAUUCACUCUGAAUCGAGAUAUGGAUUAAGAUUCAACUGUUUUACUUGGGGCGUGUGCGUGCCGAGGUCCUGCGAGAGACACUCAGUCAAUAAGAUAGUUAUGGCCUUGUAUAAGCUGACACAUCUCGUUAAUAGCAUCCAAGAUCCUAGAAUUCAGGUGGAUUCCUGCCAAUCAUCUAUUAGCGCGAAAACGUCAUUCGGAUAUCAUGUUUUUAUGUCCAUAUUGCUGGUAGCAGUCGUGUCUGUUUUUGUUGGUUCACUGUACGUUACAUGUGGUGAAGUGAAUGAUAAUACGUUAGGUCGCAUCGCCAAGUCUCUGUCCCUGACAAUUAACGCGUCGUCCCUAGUCCACCAGUCUGCGGAUGACGUCACCACGCUGCAUGGAGUCAGGGCCCUACUUUCGCUCGUGGUAGUGGCCCUACACGUGAGUUUCGUUACAACCUGGAUCGGUGCGGGCAACGCUGUGGACCUGGAUAGGGAUACUGAAGAAAAAGGUAUAAUAAACUUAUACCAAGGGGAGUCUGUAGUGGACAGUUUCCUGGUGAUGUCAGCCAUACUUCUGAUCAAGAAUUUUAUGAUGACGGGUAGAAUCCAUCUUUUUAGGUCUAUUCUGAAAAGAUAUCUCAGAUUCGUUCUUUUCAUAGGACCGAUUAUACUAUAUUUUUUAUUCGUAAUCGUCCACACUGGCAGUGGACCGCUGUGGUCUCGACUGAGUGAGAGAGAAAUGGAUGCUUGUGGUAGGAGCUGGUGGAUCAGUCUCCUGAUGCUGGGGAACUAUGUAGAUACAACUAACAUAUGCUACCCGAUUUUAUGGACGGUGCCUGCGGACUUUCAGCUAACUGUGGUAGCAAUGAUUCUACUUUGGAUAUAUCAGAAGAACACCAGGAUAGCUGUGAUCAUAUACAGUUUACUCACAAUAGCUUCCCUUAUAUUACCGGGCCUAUAUGUUUAUCAACAUCAGAGUUCACCAGUACCACCUUUGCAUUUGGGAGGACUUGCUAACUACCGUGAGACACUAUUCGCUAGUCCUAUUUACUUAUGGACGCAUCUUCGAGCUGGACCGUAUUUUCUCGGUCUUGCUAUGGGUUACCUGAUGUCAGUAUAUAAACCAUCGAACUAUAGGAAUGUAAUUAGCUAUAAAUGGUCACUUAUCAGUUUAAUAAUUUUGUAUAUUAUUACAAGUUUUAUCAUGGUUUGUGGCGGACAUUUCCAUAAUACGAGUAGGGUGUAUGGGUUAUGGCUGUCGGUGCUAUUCGCAUCUCUCAAUAGACCAUUGUGGGCUGUGGUAUUUUGCGGAUUUUUGUGCAUUUGUGAAUAUGGGACAGCAUCUGGAUUGCAAAGGUUUUUGAGGUGGCGCCCGUUCACAGUCUUAAGCAAGCUAUCUUACGGACUAUAUCUAGUGCAUACUAUUUUGAUAUCUAGAUGGGCUGCAGCCUUGAGAUCUCCUUUGCGCUAUGAUAUGUUUGAGACGAUGCUGAUUACCAGUGGAGUUAUAACAAUGAGCUUUUUUAUCAGCUUCGCGCUUUAUCUGAUUAUCGAGGCUCCCCUAGGAAAUGUCGUUAACAUGAUCUUCCAGAAAGAGCGAGAUAACAGGGCACUCACAGAAAAUGGUGCAAACAUUUCUAAGAAGAAAGUCGCGUGAAAGU